AUGCCGCCGUCGGCCUUCUCACGGGCCUGGCGCCCCCUCGCCGCCGUCACCGUCACCGCCGCCGCGGGAGGAGCCGCCGUCGUCUACAGCCAGUCCAGGCGCCGGCGCACAUGCCGCGACAAGCCGCUCGCCGAGCCGCGGCGCGACGCCGCCGGCCGCAUCGUCGCCCCCUCGUUCCCGGCCGUCCCGCGCCGCGCCCACCAGCUGGCCGACCUGCGGCGCGCUGACGCCGAGUUCGACCUGCUCAUCGUCGGCGGCGGCGCGACGGGCGCGGGCAUCGCCCUCGACGCCGUCACCCGCGGUCUCAAGGUCGCCCUCGUCGAGCGCGACGACUUCUCGGCCGGCACCAGCUCCAAGAGCACCAAGCUCGUCCACGGCGGCGUGCGGUACCUGGAAAAAGCCGUGUGGAACCUCGACUACCCGCAGCUGCAGCUCGUCAUGGAGGCCCUGCGCGAGCGCAAGGGCUUCCUCGACGUCGCGCCGCACCUCUCGGGCUCGCUGCCCAUCCUGCUGCCGCUGCAGCGCUGGUGGCAGGCGCCCUACCUCUGGGUCGGCUGCAAGAUGUACGACCUGCUCGCCGGCUCCCAGGGCCUCGAGAGCUCCUAUCUCAUGAGCCGCACGAGGGCCCUCGAGGCCUUCCCGCUGCUGCGCAGGGACAACCUCAUCGGCGCCCUCGUCUACUACGACGGCCAGCACAACGACUCGCGCAUGAACGUCUCGCUCGCCCUGACCGCCUCGCUCUACGGCGCCACCGUCCUCAACCACGCCCAGGUCACGGCGCUGGAAAAGGACGCCCGCGGCCGCGUCUGCGGCGCAAGGGUGCGCGACCUCAUGGCCGACGUCGACGGCGACGACGCGCGCGACUUCUCGGUCCGCGCAAAGGGCGUCAUCAACGCCACGGGGCCCUUCACCGACGCCCUCGAGCAGAUGGACGACCCCGGCCGCAAGCCCAUUGUCGCCCCGGCCUCGGGUGCCCACGUCAUGCUGCCGGGCAAGCUGUGCCCCAAGAACAUGGGCAUCCUCGACGCCGCCACGUCCGACGGCCGCGUCAUCUUUGUCCUUCCGUGGCAGGGCAUGACGGUCGCCGGCACCACCGACAACGCCUGCGAGGUUGAGCGGGAGCCCGUUGCCCGGCAAAGCGACGUCGACUUUAUCCUCAAGGAGGUCAGCAAGCUCCUGGCACCCGAGUCGGUCCUCACGCGCAACGACGUCCUCGCGACUUGGUCUGGCAUCCGACCCUUGGUCAAGGACCCCAAGGCCGUGGGGAACACCGAGUCCCUCGUCCGCAGCCAUCUCGUCACCGUCUCGCCCUCGGGCCUGCUCACCUGCGCCGGCGGCAAAUGGACCACGUACCGCCAGAUGGCCGAGGACGCCGUCGACGAGGCCAUCAAGGUGUUCGACCUGAAGCCCCAGGCCAUCGCCAUGCCCGACAUUAGCGGCGGCGGCCUGCCGGGCUUCACCACGACGGGCGAAUGCCGCACGCGAUGGACCCCCGUAGUCGGCGCCCACGGAUACUCGGCCGCGCUGCCGGCGCAGCUGAUGGAGACACACGACAUCGACGCCGACGUGGCCUUCCACCUUGCCACCAACUACGGCGACCGCGCGUGGGCCGUCCUCGGCGCCUCGUCGUCCGCCUCCCCCCCCUCGGCCGGCGCCGCCACCACGCGUCUCGCCGCCUCGUUCCCCUUCGUCGAGGCCGAGGUCCGGCACGCCAUCCGCGCCGAGGCGGCGUGCACGGCGGCCGACGUCAUCUCGCGGCGCAUGCGGCUCGCCUUCCUCGACGUCAACACGGCGCUGCGGGCUCUCCCGCGCAUCAUCGACGUCAUGGCCGAGGAGCUGGGCUGGAGCAAGCCGCGCCAGGAGCAGGAGUGGAAGGCCACGGUGCAUUUCCUGCGCAGCAUGGGCCUGGCCGAGGACAGGCUCGCAAUGACGCGCGAAGAGGUCCUGCGCGGCGUCGUCGAGGCCAGCCGGGCAAGGCACGCGGACGGCACGGCGACGGGCGACGCUGGGGCGAAGAAGGCCGCGAGGGCGGCGGAGCUGGAGGCCGGUGACGACGGAGCCCUGGCUUCCGAGGCUUGA